GGAUAAGGUAAGGGGCUCUUCUGCUGCAUGCAUAAAAACCGACCGACGAAGGUGAGAAAUCUGUAAGAAUUGAAUUGGAACUGAUAUUUGAAAGAUGAACCCUUCCGAGCAAGACGAGUACGGACACCCCAUCACUUUUGCUGCUUACUCCUCCAAAGGCUCCUUCUCGAGUUCCCUCGCGGACUUGUAUGGAGGUUCCGCCGGUAUCUUGGUUGACACAAACGCAUCAACGUCAGAUUCUGCUCCCUCGUCCCGGGCGACAUCCACAAAGGAGCCUCAUACCAAUGACCAAGAUGACAAGAGUCGAACCAAGUUGGACACAAAGGGGCGCAAUCAUCGCUUCUGACUAGGACUUCAAAUAACUGGCCAUCUUUGUGCUCUCUAACUACAUACGUUGUAACUACAUACGUUGAAUCCAUAAACUUUACAAAUUGCGGGGAGUGAAAUAACGAUGAGGCUCAGAAAAAAAAGAAAAAAAGAAAAAAACAUUCGCAUCGAGUCUAGCAGAAGCUACCAAUAUUUAUGCAAUCCACCUCUAAUUGACCUCCUCGGUCUCCGUGGCAGACUUUAUGUGUGCCUCAAUCUGCAAUUCUUCCAGUGCGUCUGCAACGGCAUCCCAUGCCAAUGUUUUUGCUACAGAUUUCAGUUGACGUUCAUGCGCCGG